CAAAUUUAAUUUAACAUAAAAACAUUUCAUUAACAGGUGACUUCGAUGACUUCCGUCGCGCAUACCCCGAAUGGUGCAGCGAAGCUGGCGCCCAACAUGUACCCCACCUGCCGCUAAUGGGAUUACGGUCUCUGCGUAUUUCGGGUUCGGGUUGCGAGGAGACCCUGUCCUCUGGCUCGUCGUCGGAGUGCGAGGAGGUGCACAGCCACGUCCAACAGGACUUCCCUAUCGAGAUCCUGCCGAAUCUGUACCUCGGUAACUCCACCAACAGCGAGGAUUGCGAAGCUCUCGCCAGGCAUAAUAUUAAGUACGUGUUGAAUGUGACACCGGAUCUGCCGAACACGUUCGAAGCUGAGGGAUGCGGCAUCAACUAUCUGAAGAUUCCCAUCGCGGACCACUGGAGCCAAAACCUGGCGGUGCACUUCCCUCAGGCUAUAAGAUUCAUCGAGGAAGCGAUGUCUGCGCGGUGCGGCGUGCUGGUGCACUGCGUGGCGGGCGUGUCCCGCUCCGUGACCGUGACGCUGGCGUACCUGAUGCAGCGGCACCGGCUGUCCCUGCGCGACGCCUUCGAGCUGGUCCGCAGCCGCAAGACGGACAUCGCGCCCAACUUCCACUUCAUGCGGCAGCUGCACUCGUUCGAGCGCGACCUCGGCCUGCACGAGCACAGCGCCAGCUUGAGUAAGGUGCUGCACGAGACGGCGGGCGGCGGGCGCGCGCGCGGGGAGGGGGGCGCCGUGCCCUACGGCGUGUCGCCCGACUCCGGCAUCGAGUUCGACCGCUGGAGCGCGCCCCGGGACACCCCGCAAUGACAGUUCUUCUGUCCGCAGCCUCCGCCCUCGCCCUCUCCGCCUGUCCGCCGCGGCCGCCCUCGCAGCCCCGGCCAAUCCGAUCCGCCCUCGUAGAGUGAUCCGAUGCAGUCCGGGGACCGCGCCGGGGGUCCGGUCUCGUGUUGUUAGUCGCAAGAUAACAGUUACUGUAGGGUGUCGUGACGUGUACUUUGUACGUAUUUGUUAAGUCAAUUUUGUAAGUUUCUUUGAAUAGUAUCGUUGUUUUAAUUAAUAUUUAGGAUAUUAAAUAACAAGUUGAAUGCAUUCCUGAAUGAAUCUUCCAAUGUACUGUACACUUCUGUUUGCGACGGUUCGCCGCCAGAGGGCAGGCACCGCAGACGUGUCGCGCGGUCCGCGCCGACCUCGCUCUGUGCCACGUCCACAUUUAAACCAAAUAUUACGUACGGUGGACGAUGUGGUAUGCGUUUAGGACUUCUAAUUCUUCUUCCAUUGUUGUUUACGUGUGAGAUUGUAUUUUAUAUGAGAGCGAAUGCGCGAACGUGCGUGUGAUAUAUUGAUAAUACAACGUAGCUAGUUUCGAUUCAUCACAUAAAUAUAUUUACAUUUGUAAUGAAGAUAUUACUUAUUCUAUUAGAGUAUGUUAAAUUUACAUUCGACAAGAGAGACUCAAAGAAGAACCUAUUUAAUGUCUAUAGGUCGAUCGAGUAUUUAUUUUUUCUAUGAAAACACUGGAAUCUCCUUCCCGCGCUCGAAUAUGAGAACGAUCAAUCCAGGCCGUAUGUGGACAGUUCAUCUUUUAAUGUUAUUUACAUAUUUAUUGAUAGUUUAAUCUUCAUAUUUGUAUCACGAUGCGACAAUCUUGAUACUAUUUUUAUACGGAUCACUUUGUACCUAUAGACAAGUAGUUCGGACACUUGGCGUGACGUGAACACAGCAUCACGAAGUUUCGCCUCAACAGGUUUACUAUGGGCGAUCAAUAUAUUAUUUUAUAGUAAAAAUGUUUAAUUAUAAAUCGGGUUUCAAAUUCAGUGGCGUUAACGUUCGUAUGUUGUUUUAGAAUUGUUGUUAUCUAUAAAUCAUAAAAUGAAUACGAAGAAAUUUACAUAUUUUUCUAAAUCAAAUUAAUGACAAUUAUUCACAAAAUCUUUUAGUAGGUAAGUAAGUGGCAAGCUUUAACAAUAAGUAUAUUAAUUAUUAUUACAAGAGAGUAGUGAAUUGUUGCGAAAUAAAUGUACAUUUGUUGUAGAAUAAGAAUUACUCUAGAGACUCAGCUUACUUAACGAUGAAGGCCAAUUUAUUUUUAAGGUUUCAUCCAAAUAUUAAUUCAAUGUUUGCGUUAGAGUAAUUAAGUGUUUUUCAUAAUUUUCAUUUUUUUUUCUUUAGCCAAAAAUAAGAACCUUCAAUGUUAAAUUCGAUAUUGAAAAGAUUCCAAGCUUACUAGCAUAGCAUACUAGGGAUCGGUGAAAAAAAAUCUUGUGUACAAAUUAUGUAUGUGAAGAACUAUUAUAGACUAUGUGUUAUAUAGUUAUUCUAAAUCAGUGUUUGCACUGACGUUCUUAUAUUUCUAUAUUGAAUGUUAUAUUAUUGUAAUGCACAAAAUAAUUAAUGGCCGUAAACUUCGACAUAAAAUCCGUAACAAAAACAGUUAAUUAAAUAUUUAAUGAAAUGUAGAAGUUGUUAAUUUGAUGUAAAUGUAACUGGAAAUGUUUUACAUGUAUUUGUGAUUCUUUGUAAAGUACCUACUGCAGACAUGUGGCUGCGGCACACACAUUAACCUCAAGACAAAAAAUAUAAACACUGUUAAC